CAAAUUUACGCGUGCCAAUAAAAGAACAAGCCUUGAGAAGUGGCCUUCAAAUUUCAAACGCCACCCCAACUUCCUUCUCUCACCGAGCCAAAGGGCUUACAUCAUCGUCCCCAACAAGAGGUGCCCACCAUUUUGGGUCCUGAGCUGAGCCUGAUCCCACAAAAGCAGACAUGGCAGAGAACAAGCCUGCGCAAAUCAAGGACUUGCAGAUUCUGAAAGCAAACAAAGAUGAUGAAAACAAGAAGCACCUGGCGCCCAAGAGGAGCUCCAACAAGGACAGGCACAAAAAGGUGGAUGGUAGAGGGAGAAGAAUACGGAUGCCUGCCUUGUGUGCAGCUAGGGUUUUUCAAUUGACCAGAGAAUUGGGUCACAAGUCUGAUGGGGAAACAAUUCAGUGGCUGCUGCAGCAAGCUGAGCCAUCAAUUAUAGCUGCCACUGGCUCUGGAACUGUACCUGCUUCUGCUCUUGCAGCCGCAGGGUCCUCUGUUUCUGAACAGGGGAGCUCUGUUUCCUCUGUUUCUUCUGGGUUGCAUACAAGGAUGGAAGGACUAAUAAGACCAAGUGUUGGGUCUGAAGGCAGUGCCAACUGGGCAUUUCAUAUGGGCAGAUCUAAUGUAGCAAGUGGGGUUUGGCCCUUGCCCUUUCUCAGUGGGGUUAGGUCUGGCUUUGAUCAAAAUUCUGGUCAGGCAACAGUCAAUUUUGGGAGUGAAAACUUGAACAUCAUGCAGCAUAAGUUUGGGUUUCAUGGGUUUGAUGUUCCUGGUAUGAAUUUGGGGUCAAUGGGUUUUCCCACAAUUCUAAGUGGAAGCAACCAGCAAGUUCCAGGUUUAGAGCUUGGGCUCUCACAGGAUGGUCAUAUUGGGGUGGUGAGUUCUCAAGCUUUGACCCAAUUUCACCAGCACAAAGGGCAGAGGCCAGGUGGUGUAGCUUCCUUCAAUCAGCAGCAGCAGCAUCAGCAGCCAUCUGAUACGAAUGAAUGAUUUUCAAUGAUCAAAACAGAAGAGAAAAUCAAAAUAGCUCAGAUACUGGCUUUUGCUGGGUUACCCUUCUUUCAGUAUUUUUCAUUUGAUCAGGAUGAAAUAUGAAGAGAAAAAUGGCUUGGAGAUUGGAUUUGCUUUCUAUUUCUGGUUCGUUUUUUGAUGUGUGUGCUAUCAUGUCCCAAUUAGAAUAUGGCUGCUGCUUGCAUCCAACCAAAAAAAUUGUUGAAAUGUUAAGCAUAUACUAUAUAAGAUUUCAUGCAGUGCAGGUAUGCAAUUUCAUUUAGAUAUGA